AUCAUUUACACCAUUUCAAUUUAAUGCUGGCAUACAAAGCACUCAAAGUGUAGAGUCAUUUAAUGGCAUUAUUAAGAAGGCUUUAAAUAGUGCUAGUACACUGUGUGAUAUUGAAAAGAUAAUUAAUAAAAGACAUGAGGAUGAAUCUCAAUAUUGUAAAUUGAUAGAUCUUAAGGAUCAAUAUAUGACUAUAGGUCUUCUGCAUCUUUCAUCUCAAUUUUUUUCAAGUGUGGAUGCGAUUCUUGUUCAGUUUUUAACACCACCUAUACUAUCAUGGCAACGAUUUCAAAUAUCCCAAUCAUUUAUAUAUGAGGGUUCAUUAGUUCCAUAUUCUAUUGAAGCUUCAGAAUUGGAAACUAUUAAUGACUAUUUUAUAGAAGAUGUAUUGGAUGAGCCACAAACUACUUUACAGUCUCUUUUAAAUCGCAAAUGUAUCUCACAAAGGAAUCGAUAUGGAAUUGCAUUUUCAACAGCCAAAACUGCUAUUAAUGUUGCUUUAGAAACUAUUAAAGUUGCAGAAUUGGUUCGACUACUAAAAGAUUUUAUUGCGAUGAAUCAAAAGAAGCAUGAAGGUGAUAUGGAUGAACCUAAAGAGAAUGUUAAUACAGAAAAUUACAACUCUAAAGAGGAUCAGGAUACUGAAGAAAUAAUUCUAUUACAAGAGCAUUUAAUUGAUCAGAUAACUAGUCCUAACGUUACUAAACUUUGUGAUGCUCCUCACAAAAGAAGAAUUAAAGCUGUUACAGAAUUAUCAAAAGGAAAAGCAUUGAAUGAAGUUACAAAUAUUGUUCAAGAAGCUGAUCAUAGUGAAACAAGCUCAAGACAACAACACAG